AGCACGUACUAGGCACAGGCCAAUCUGCCUCCCGCCGGCAGCGGCGAAUUUGGUUGUUGAGGAGGAGAAAAGAAGGUGGAUGUGACAGCCAUGGCGUGGCUCUUCGGCUACGUGGACGUGACUGAGACUACCUUCAUUGCGGCUGUCCUCUCCAUCGCCUUCAACCCGCUCUUCUGGAACGUGGUAGCCAGAUGGGAGCACAAAACGCGAGCGCUCAGCCGAGUCUUCGGCUCUCCACGUGCUGCCUGCUACUGCCUGGGCGCUGUUAUCCUGAUGCUUAACUGUGUGAGGAGCCAUUGCUUCACAGAAGCCAUGAAGAGCCAGCCGAAGCUGGAGGGCUUGGACUGCCACUGGGCCUAUUACUCGGGCUUGGCCAUCUUGGCUGUAGGGACCUUGUUUGUCAUCUCCAGCUUCUUAGCACUGGGAUUCACCGGGACGUUCCUAGGUGAUUACUUCGGCAUCCUGAUGGAGGCAAAAGUGACCAGCUUCCCCUUCAGCGUCCUGGAUAAUCCCAUGUACUGGGGCAGCACAGCCGUCUACCUGGGCUGGUCCCUCAUGCACGCAAGCCCAGCUGGCCUUUUGCUGACAGCUGUAGUGGCAAUUUCCUACACAAUCGCGAUGCUGUAUGAGGGGCCUUUCACAGAGGAAAUAUAUCGGCAGAAACAGAAGGGAGCGAAGAACAAGUAGCAACAGCAGUGUCUUGGAUACCUCGGCACAGCAUGCCUCUCUGGUCCCCACGCCGUCCGAUUUGCCCAUUUUCCUACUGAGAUGUAUCCUACUAAUUAGCCCAGCAACCCUUAAUGAGCCAACUGAGCACCCUGCAGUUUUGGAAGUGAUCGGAGGAACAGCCUGAGCACGGCGGCACCUCCUCGUUGCAGCCCGCGAGAGCUGGAGGUCCCUGUCCCCAGGUCCUUGUCGCCAUUGCCGGGUCACUGUGGCUCCUGCCACGAAGGUGAUGCUCUCCCAGGAGCCGCGUGGCGCGGGACCUCCCGACCUCUCCUCCCGCACCGAUUAUUGGAGAUCUGCAGGGCAAAAAGCAAUCCAGCUCCAGCCCCGGACUGGAGGGCAAGCAGAGUAACGAUGGAGACACCGGGGGCCUUUCGUAAAUGAGCUCUGAGCACGGGGAAGCACCGGCUCCGGCUGAUGCUGAAGAUCGUCUGAAGAUGCUGCCGAAGAGCCA